AUGCCUCGAUCCCCAGACAGCAACACGCUGGCCCUCAAGCGCAAGCUACAACAAGCCGACUCCCACUCCGAACCCACGUCCAAGCGCCACCACCUUCAGGGCUACGACCCCAAGGCACCAUGGCUACACGAGACGAAGCCGAUCAACGGCUGGCGCACGCUGGGCAACCCAGCCGUCUACAACUCGCUCCCGCUAGCGAACAUGGUCUCUGCGGUGCAGGACCUGAUCGACCCGGACUUUGAUCCGUUGACGGCGAUUCUGGACGACGAGCCUCGCUUUUUGAAACCACUGCCUGAUAGUAUUGCGCCUGAGGAUCUGGAAUUUUUGCGCUUCCGUGGGGCGUUGUCGAUUCCCGAAACUGGGUUGCGGAAUGAGUUGUUGAGGUCGUAUAUUCAGUGGGUGCAUAGUUUUAUGCCCGUGCUCAAUUUGCAGGAGUUUUUGAGAUGUGUUGCGGAGAAUGAUCCCCAGGGGAAUGUUAGCGUGCUGCUUUUUCAGGCGGUCAUGUUUGUUGGCACCGCUUUUAUCGAUAUCAAACAUCUCCAGGAUGCGGGUUACUCGACAAGGAAGAGUGCGCGCAAUGCGUUUUAUACGCGGUUAAGGUUACUCUACUCUCUCGACUGCGAGGAAGAUCGUAUCGUCAUUCUGCAAACAUUACUGUUGAUGACAUACUGGUCCGAUCCUGAGAACGGCUUACAUCGAGAUAUCUGGGACUGGAUAGGUAUCUGCAAUACUCAAGCACAUUCGAUUGGGCUCAACAAGGACCCUUCGACCGGCGACCUGGACCCAAAGAUGCGCCGACUGCGUAUGCGAAUUUGGUGGUGCAUAUACUCACGCGACCGACUCAUUGCCAUGGGUGUGCGACGCCCAUUGCAGGUUAAUGAGGGUACCAGUAACGUACCCAUGCUUAAACUGGAAGAUUUCGAUUUCGAGCCAUACUCGCCAUCCGUAGUGGCUCUAUUCCAUUGUCGACAGCUUGAGGACGUGUCACACCAAAAGCGCCUGGCGACCAUGUUCAUUGAAAAAGUGAAGCUCUGUCAAUGUAUUGGCAGGGUCCUUUUCGCGCAAUAUGCUCCUUCGCAGCGUCAGUUCGGAGCCACGGACCGCACUACAGUCACUUUGAUUCCUCGGCAGGCCUCGGAGUCGGAGUUCACGCGGUGUAGCCAAAAGCUUGAUUCUUGGUUGAGUGCACUUCCCAAAGACGCUCAGUUUAUACCAGCAUCGCGAAACAACUUCCGUGAUGGCGAGGACGUGUUACUUCUGCACGGAGCUAUGCUGCGCAUGCUCUAUCACGCCACCACAAGUGCUCUGCAUCGGCCGUGGGCCAUGCACUCAAAAGACCAGUCAAAGUCACGCCUUGAAUGGCGAAAUGUGGCCCGGACCAAGAUGCAAGAUGCAGCCACGGGCAUCACACAUAUCAUCCAGGGCCUUAACCAGCUCAAUCUCACGCGCUUCCUGCCGCAAUCAGGCGUGACAGUCAUACUCCCAGCUGCAGUCGCGCAUCUAUCAAACUCUACCUCCGACAACCCGGCCGUCCGUGAAAGCAGCAUCUCCAACUUCCACCGUUGUAUACAGGUGCUCCACUGUCUAAAGGACAUCUACCCAGCUGCCGGCGUCGAGUUUGCGAAUCUUGAAGCUGCAAUCAAAAUGCAAACCGGAAAUUACAACUCCAACACAUUCUUCCAGAUCAUGCAAUACAAUUUCGACACCGACACGGCCCCAGCGUACACCGAUGCUAGGAAACCGAGCAGCGCGGACUCGAUCGCAACUCCCCAUUCCCUCCGCCAUUUGGAAGAUAAGCCCGCCGGCGAUGCCGAGACCCCAAAAUCUCGUGUAAGGGCUGCAUCUACCAAUAUCAACAGCGAUGCCAACGGGUCACAUCACCAUCAACACAAUCUAAAUACCACCUCUCCAUCACAUAACAAUAACGCAGCACAAAACACACGCCGUCCCUUCCCCAACGACUUUGACGACCACUUCGCUGUCCCGAACACUCCACUCCCCCCAUCAGACGAAAACCCAUUCUCAUUCCUCACAUUCGACUUCGACUCCUUCCCGGCCCUCUCCUCCCCUCCCACAAACACAACCCCCCACGCAAACUCCAACACCAACACCAACACCAACACCAACACCAACACCAACGGCCACUCCCAUCACAUCCCAAGCACAAAACAAACCACCCUCUCCCCAACAACAGACCUCGACGCGAUCGACUGGACCCAGGCCCUCUUCCGAAACACAUCCCUCCCAGAGCUGGACAAGCCCACCGCAGAUAUCUUCACCAACAACGGUCCUGGCUCUGGCUCUGGUCCACGCCGCACGCAGAGUCUAGCACAGCAGAUCAGCGAGCCGGAGGCGGAACAAGAUUUGUUUGCGUUUACGUUGAAGGAUGAUGAUGAGUCCGGGCCGCAGUUUAGGCAUCAUUCUACCGGACAUGGGCAUGGGGAUAUUACGGGGGAUUUGGAUCGGGAUCUCGGAUUUCAGACUGGGGAUGAAGGGUUUUAG